AUGCUUCCUCCACGCGACAUACCAGCCAGGUACAAAUGCAAGCCUCGCAUGCCAGCAGAGAUCUCAUGCAGUCUGCUUUCCAGCACCGCUCCUGACUCCCGCCGCGCCCCGAAGCGCUCCCAGGCGGCGCCCUCCCGGCCCAAGUUGGCGACCGGCGCCUCCGCAGCCUCCCCUCCCCUCUCCUGGGGAGGAGCCAAGCGGGUCAGCCCGGCCCGGCCCCCUCCGUCCGGAAGCGCAGCCGCUGCGCACAGCCCGGAGCCUGCCGGGGACGACGACGCUGCGCGAUCCGAGAACAUCAUGGCUACCAUCGUCUCCCGGACGAACUCUCCCGGCACGGACGUCUUCGCCACCCGCCACGGUACCUUCAUUGUCCGCUCGGACCUGGGUUGCUUCCUUCAGACUCUUGACUUCUGCUCGGACCAGGAUAUCAAGGUGUGGGAGCUGCACCCAGCCUGUCGUGGCGGGGACCACUAUGUGGGAGACCCCUCCAGUUCGGCCAUAUACCUCCUGCGGGGGGACACGUUCUUCAAAGUCCUGGACCUGACUUCGGAGCCGUCUGCCGGUGCCCUCCCGCUGCACCCCACCUGCCAAGGGGGCGACCAUUACGCCUUUUGCGACGGCCGUUUCUUCGUCUUUUUCCUGACUCGCAACGUGGUCCUCUCCGUUGCCGACUUGGUCACCGGCAGCUCAGCUAAGGAGGCCGCUUUGGAGCCCGAAUUUAAGGAUGGACUCUAUUAUUACGGGUCUGGCUCCGCUCACCUCACCUGCCUCAGGAUGGACGCGGAAAACGGCCUUCGGGGCCACCUGUUCUCCACAGCAGGAAACAAAGAGGUCUUCUCCGUCCGCCCCGACGUGGUCUCGUUCUUCCCCGGGGGCUUGGCUGUCGUUUACGGGCCGGCCUUUGGGAUUUGGGAGUGUUUGAAACUGAUCUCCAACGCCACAGACCUCCCGAUGCCCAGCAGCCAUGACAUCACCCGCAAAGUAGGCUAUUCCAAGAUGGCCUCCAGCCAAAAGUUCUCCGUCUCUGGCUCUCUGGAUUCCCAGUCGCUGGCCGUCUCUCUUCUCCGGUCUCAGUUUUCGCUCCCUGCUGUUUAUGGCGGGAUCGGGCUGCAGACUGAACAGGAAGACUGGGAGGACGUCGCUGAAGAGGAGGAACCGUUGCGGGUGAUCCUGCAACCCCGGCAGAAGCUGUAUUGGUGGCAGUACCGCCUGGGGUUGGGCCAAGAGCCCAUCCUGUUCUGCCGGUCUCUAAAGGUCACCCGCAGCCCUUCGCCCCCUACCCACAUCCCUCUGCCGCUGGCCAGCUCUUGAGGCCAGGAGGGUGGCAUGGCUCCUUGUGGUGGGAGAAAUAAAAAGGUAGCAACUUCCCUGA